AUGGCGGCGGCUCGCGGCCGAGUUUCUCGACCGAUUUUUCGAGCCGUAAUCUGUUACCCGACGGCGGCUGAAAUCCGCCGCCGGUUUCACGAUUCUUCUUCGGCAUCAAGUAAUGGCCCUAUGCUCCAGAAGCUUCUGAAAACGCCCAUCUCGAGACUCAAAGCAACGCUCGAAUCUGAGUUCAGCGACCAAUCAACCGAGUUCCCUUGCCCCGCUCUAUUGUCUUCUCUCAAUUCAUCUGCUCCGCAGAAAGCUAACUUAGUUCUGGAAUGGAAAUUAGAGAAAUUGGCGAAUGGGGUCACGAAAAACCACGAUUGUUAUGCAUAUUUGAUAUAUUUAUGCCAAAACAUUAGAAAUCUACCAGCAGCAAUGUUCAUAUUCUCUUCAAUGGAGGCUCGGGGAAUUAAGCCUACGUCCUCAAUCUUCAACUCACUAAUAUCCACGAGCAUAUCUUCGGGCAAUUUUCUCACAGCAUUAAGUCUUUUCGAGAUCAUGAAGGGCUCGGACGACCACGGCCCCAAUUACGAAACUUUUACUAUUUUUAUUUCGGCAUAUGCGAAUUUGGGAAACAAAAGUGCGACCGAAGCUUGGUUAGCAGCUAAAAGGGCCUCCGGAUUUCCCACCGACGUUGAGGCGUACGGUUUUCUUGUACAGUGUUGUGUCAAAUCAAAAGCUUGCGAAGAUGCUCAGAGAUAUUUUGAUGAGAUGAUGUCGGCUGGUUUAUUGCCUAAUGAACGUGUUCUACAAAACAUGCUAAUAAUGUACUGUCAGCAAAGAAAUUUUUGUGGGGUUGAGGAGAUGUUGAAGUUUUUAAUCCAUGGUAAUUUUCGAAUUGAUUUAGAUGGCGCCAAAAGGAUUGUUCGUUUUUACUGCGAAUUGGGACUGGUUAAGGAGCUAGAAGAAUUAAUUGUAAUUUUGACUGAGUCGGGUCAAGCUCCAGACGUCCUUGCACUGGUUUACUGCUCCGUAAUAAGACUGUAUGCGGACUUGGAUAGAUUAGAUGAUGUUGAGUAUUCAGUUGGGAGAAUGCUGAAGAGUGGAAUUUCAUUUACUUGCAAAGAGGAUGUAGAGAAGGUAAUUUGUUGUUAUUUCAGGAAGGAAGCUUAUGAUAGGCUGGACCUGUUUCUCGAAUGUAUUAAAGAUUCCUACAAACUGACUCGGCCGAUUUAUGAUUUGUUGGUUGCCGGCUACCGAAGGGCAGGACUGUCGGGAAAAUUGGACAUCAUGUUGAAACAGAUGAAGUUAGCUGGGUUUGCAUAA